AUGGUAGACAAAUUAACAUCUACUUCAUUAUGGAGUUCAACUACAACCUGGCUCUCGCCCACUUCUCUUACUCUUUUCAUCUCGCUUAACCUAGUCAUCGGCACCAUCGCCGUCUUCACCCGUUAUAACUCCACUAAAUCAGCAACAGAGCAGCGACAAACUGAGACCAGACAGCUGCAGCGAGCGCCGUCGUUGAUUGACCGAGUUAAGUCGUUCAACUUACCCUUCUACAAUUACUCACAACACGACUUAUCAGAGUUUGAAUCUUCUGAAACGACGAUGGGUUACGUACGUCAUGAUCUGGCUCCAGCUCCAGCUCAAGCUCAAGCUCAGUCCAUUUUGCAACGUGUCAAGUCCAUCAAGUCCAUUAAGUCCAUCAACUUAUUUGCUUUAUACAGAUCCGAAGAAGAAACUGAAUCCGCGGGUCAAGAACAGCACAAGGAUCCGGGUGUAGUUGAAAUGGAGCCGCACCAUCACGUGAUGAGGACACAGUCGGAGAGCAUGGUGGCUCCGGUGAAGAGAAAGGUGAAAGCGCAGGAAAAGCUGAAGAAGUCCGCUAGUGAAAAGGCUAUGGACGAGUCUCAAGAGGAAGAAGACGCAGAGAGUAUAGAGAAGAGGAGGCCUGCAACGACGUCGUUUGCUGGAGAAGAUGAUCAUGGAGUCGACGCUAAAGCUGAUGAUUUCAUUAAUACGUUUAAACAGCAAUUAAAGUUACAGCGGCUUAAUUCUCUUUUGCGUUAUAGAGAUUUGCUUAAAGGGAACUGGGCUUUAUUGGCUUUUGCAUGUAAAAAGCUUGACCAAGCUUCAGCUUUUUAUGCAGAAGGGGCAUUUUUGUCCUUUGGGAACGAAGUGUUGAACCUUGGUGUUAGAUGGAAAAUUCGCUCAGGAAAAGACACUUUUAUCCGUCGUGAUAUGUGGCUUCCUACAUCCUUUCCUUUCAAGUAG